AUGUUGCUUUUAAUCUCCUUAUUUUUUCAAGCAGCAUGCUAUACUUAUAUCCCAUUAGAGGUUCACGAAACCAAAGCUCAAUCAUCUACAUCAAGCUCAAAAAAUAUUCAAACAAUAUCUAAUUCACCCACUUCUAUGGAGAAUUUCUCAAAAAAUUGAAUAUCAGAAUACAGCAUAUCUGUGAAGAUUGGAACUCCUCCUCAAUUUUUUAAGCUCCUCAUCAAUACGGCCUCAUCUUGGACAUUUAUAUCAGAACAGCGGUGUCCUGGCUGUAAAAAACCUGAGCAUUUAUUCAAUCGAACUGCUUCUUCCUCUUAUAGGUUUCAAAGCAAGUUAAACGAUUUUUCCUUUGAAAAUUUUUCGACGACGUCAAAAUUAAGUUCUGACCUUAUGAGCCUUGAUAACUCCAAAGAUCAAGUCAAUCAAAUUUUCUUAUUAGGGUUUGGGGAUACAGAGAUAAUCCUCCCAGAGUCCAAUGUGGAUGGAUAUUUAGGACUUGGGUUAAAAAACUGGUCUUAUAGGACAUUUCCAGAAAAUUUGAAAAUAUAUCAAUCUGCUGAAAGCUCAGCAUUUUCAAUUUUCUUAAGCAAAGAUGAGUCCAAAAUGGCGUCUAAUAUUAUUUUUGGAGGGUAUGACCUGAAGAAAUAUGCAGUUGAGGACAGUUUUGCUGAUGUAGAGAUAGCUGAAAAUGACGACUGAAAAAUUAAGGUAAGCUUGAUAAUGUUUGGGCAUGUUAAAAUUUGUGAAAAUCAGCUUGCUUUGAUUCAUACAGGAAUUGAUACAAUUUUAGGCCCAGAAAAACAAAUUGAAGAGCUUUAUAAAUAUUUAUUGUACACAUAUUAUUGCUGGGAAGCGAUAGAUAGCAUUAGAUGUCCUAUAAUGCCUAAUAAUAAGGAACCUUAUCCAAUUUUAUAUGUGUACAUUGAAUCUCAGGAGUAUUCUAUUGACCCUUCAACUUAUUUGAGAGAGAUAGUUGAUGAUCAAAUGGGUAACGUCCUCUUAGUAUUAAUAAAAAAAUCGCAAAAUUUAUUCUGAAGCUUGGGCCAUCCUUUCUUGAAAAACUAUUAUAUCGUGUUUGACAUAGAAGAAAAAUCAAUUGGCUUGGCUAAAUCAUUAAAUAAAGGAAAGAUAGAGAACGAAGAAACUCAAGAGACCCCGAUUGACAAUGAUUCUCCAACUGCAAAUGGGGAAUUAUCAUCAGUUUCUAACGAAGAAAGACUGAUUUAUGUAUCUAUCAUAUUUCUCUUGCUUAUUAUAGUGCUGAUUUUAUCAAUAGGAUUGAUUUGGUGCUGCCUUAAAAGAAGUGAAAUGAUUUAUAUUGAUCAGGAAAUUGAAGAUUAA